AAAAUGUUCUUGUUCACAGAUCACACCAUCCAGUCUGUUUUCUGCUGCUGCUGCACAGUGCAAGAAAGAGAAAUGAGAACAAAAGUGAACCUGGACCCUGAUGCUGUGCUGGUGACCCAGUACUCUGCCUCACAACCAGAUGUUUCCUAUGAAUCUAUUUGGAAGUGCAAGCAGCGCAAGAGACAAUUGCAAUUUAAGAACAAGCCAUUACCUCCUCUGCCUGCUGAGGCCUUCGAAGACUACACCAAGAAGCCCAGAGUUACUGCACUCUAUGACUUCUUUGCUAGAGGCCCUUUAGAUUUACCUCUCAAGAGGUCAGAAGAAUACAUCAUCCUUGAACAGUAUGAUCCCCUCUGGUGGAAGGCAAGAGACCGACAUGGGAAUGAAGGUCUAAUUCCCAGCAGCUAUGUUACUGAAAACAAGAAAAGCAAUUUAGAAAAAUAUAAGUGGUACUGCAGAAACAUAAACAGAAGCCAGGCAGAACUUCUUUUGCACCAGAAGCCCAAAGAAGGUGCGUUUCUUGUCAGAGAUUCAAGCCGACAGGGUCUUCUUACGCUGUCCAUGUAUUCACGGGCUAAAGGAAGUCAUAAUGGAGACAUUCUACAUUAUCAAAUUAAACAAAACCACUUGGGACAAUAUUAUGUAGCAGAAAACUAUCUCUUUUCAUCUGUUCCUGAACUCAUCGAGUAUCAUCAACACAAUGCUGCAGGUCUUAUCACACGUCUCCGACAUCCAGUGGGAUCAGAUGGAUGUAUUUCACCAGAAACUGCAAGACUGAGUUAUGAGGAGUGGAGAUUAAACCCAUCUGAACUGUUGUUCCUGAAAGAACUUGGGCGCGGGCAAUUUGGAGUUGUUUAUCUUGGUAAAUGGAAAGAGACUAUCAAGGUUGCAAUCAAAACAAUCAAUGAAGGUGCAAUGUCUGAAGAUGAUUUCAUGGAGGAGGCCAAAAUGAUGAUGAAACUCUCCCACCCAAAGCUGGUCCAGCUUUACGGGGUGUGCACACAUCACAAACCUCUCUACGUUGUGACUGAAUUUAUGGAAAACGGUUGCCUGCUCAAUUACCUCCGGCAAAGGCGGGGGAAACUCGGCCGAGACGUUCUCCUGAGGAUGUGCCAGGAUGUUUGUGAAGGGAUGGAAUAUCUGGAAAGAAAUAGCUUCAUUCACCGUGAUUUAGCUGCAAGAAAUUGUUUAGUCAAUGCGGAGCAUGUUGUUAAAGUGUCUGACUUCGGCAUGGCAAGGUAUGUCAUUGAUGAUGAAUAUAUCAGCUCUUCAGGUGCCAAGUUUCCAGUCAAAUGGUCAUCGCCUGAAGUCUUUCAUUUCAAAAAAUAUAGCAGCAAAUCAGAUGUCUGGUCAUUUGGUGUACUGAUGUGGGAAGUUUUCACAGAAGGCAAAAUGCCUUUUGAAACCAAGUCAAAUUGUGAAGUUGUCCAUGAGAUUUCUCAGGGUAACCGACUUUAUCGACCGCGUUUGGCAUCACAUCCUGUGUACAAAGUCAUGUACAGCUGCUGGCACGAGAAACCUGAAGGACGUCCUACUUUUGCAGAGUUAACAGUGACCCUCACAGAUCUAACAGAGAUGACAUAAUCACAGAUUUUAUACCAACAUAUUUACUGAAAGGUUAGCAUUAAGCAUGCCACUAAUGCAGCUGGUACAGAAAACUCAACCUUUCACAGAGGUCUCUACCUAAAUCACAGCACCAGCAUCCUACAUAUUGAAGCAGCUGCUUGGUCUUGGCCCAGUUUUUACUUAUUGGAGAAAGAUACUCCAGGAGACUGAUUUGGGACUCUCAAGGCUUUGCUUUCAUGGAUAGGGAGAAAAAUCUCCUGUCUGAAAAGCAGCAACCACGACUACUCACCUUGUAGAUCAUUUUAUUCAUUCUUUUGUUCAGAGCUACACUAAUUCUUGCAUCAAUAUUAUUACAUUAUUUGUACUUACUGUGACUCGUGCACUGGGGAAUACUGGUUUGCAGCAGCAAAAAUGAUGGAAGAACCUCUGAUAAAGCUCUGGCUAGGUCACUUUUAAAGGCAAGUCCUUGUGCACUGCAAAGUAUCCAGCCCUGGAGGAUGAGAGCAGUGUUUCCAAGGGACAGCAAGCUAAGUGACUGGCUGCUGGAGCAGUGGAUCCACUGCUUGGACAAAGGAAGCAAAGGGAGCAAAGGCAGCAGUCCUCAGCAGCUCCCAAAUCACAUCUGAGUGACUGGAAAGACUGAGCACCUCUGGAGCCAUUUUAAACCUGCAUUGCAGGUCAAGGUGUCUUCAAUUCCAAUUCUGAAUAACAGAAGGGGAUCAAGGAUUGUUUUAUUCCAACCUCCCCCACAAUUUUCCAAUAUUGUCUCCCGUUCCCCUGCUCUUGCCUACUCAAAUGCCCACAAGUGUAUUUGUCCUCCCCUUGCAAAUACCCAGAAUGGUUAAUGGGCAAGUUAAAACUGGAACCUGACUGGAUCCUAUGAUACCUUACAUGGACAUGCCUGUACCCCUACUUCAUAUGUUAUUAUUCACUUUUAAUUUUAAAUCUUAACUAUAGUCAAUACAAAUAUGUUGUAGAGAAGGAAAAUCUGAUGGAAUUCAUAGUUAUUUAAA